AUGUCCGUUCGCAUGUGGCAGGUCAUAGAAGAGGAGGAUCGCUACCAGGUGCGCCUGCUUUGGAGUUCGAUGCACGACAGACUUACAGUGUCAAAUACCUCUAUCCAGAACGCGCAAGGCUUAAGCAGGCAACGCGGCGCUGUGGGCGAGCCGAUUCUGCCUUUGGGCUUCCGCGAGGCAAGCAAAAAGAUCAGUAGCAUGGCGUCCGUGGCGCAUAAACUCAAGGUGCCAUCAAACCACAGUAUGAUGGAUAUCGCCGCCACGAUCGAUUCCCCCACUGUACAGUCAGCAAAGCCAGUCGACUCGGCGAAUGUCUUUUCGCUUUCUUGA